UACCACUCCACCAUCACCACAUUUCACUUACCACCGUCGAAGGAGUGUCACAGGAUUUACCAUGAAGACCUUCGUACUUUUGUUAGUGAGUGUUGCGGUGGUGACCUGCAAGCCAGCAGGUGGUGAUGAAGACGUCAUCAGCUCGGUUAUGGGCGUAGUUAAGAGCUGCUCCGAAGACAAUAUCUCUUUGUGUUUGAAGGAAAAAGCUCUGCGCUACGUCGAAAACAUUGCCUCGGCUCGUGAACUGAAUCUCGUCGAUGGCAUCACCUUAGUAGGAUCCGGAUCCCCUCGCUCGGGCCGCUCGUUUGAACCUCUCGCCGAGGAGCCCAGGGCUAGAGAAAGCCAAGUCGAGACAAGAUUAGUGGACGCCGCUGCCGACUUCUUUGAAAACCAUGUCAUCCAGUUCCGCAUGCCAAAAAGCACUGUUGAGGAUGUCAAGAGAUCGCUUGAGGAAGGUCGUGGCAAGAAGAAGAAGCUGAAGCAGCUCCUGCCCAUCCUCGCUCUUUUGCAACUGAAGAUCCAGUCUCUCAUUCCUCUCUUCCUCGGAAUCAUCGCCUUCGCAGCUGUCAAGGGUCUGAUGUUAGCUAAGGCAGCUCUCCUCGCCUCUGCUUUAGUACUCCUAAAGAAACUCCUCUCGGCCAAGAAUGACCACCAUGAGAGCUACGAGGUUGUAGCCCAUCCCCAUCAUGAGGAACACUUCAGCCACGGAAGCGGUGGUCACGGUGGAUGGGGCAGGUCAUCUCAAGACGCCCAAAACCUGGCCUACAGCGCCUACUCCAACUAAACCUAAGAUUAGACUUACAGUCACAAUGGUUAGUCUAGUACGGACCUCAUAUUAACGUUAUUAAUUUAUUUAAUAAUUUAUUUAAAUUAUUUAAUUUAGAGCGUUUAGAACGAGUGAAUCUUGUCUUUGAUUUUCCACGCAUCGCCGGACUCAUAACAUGUACCUGUUUUUUUUUUUGUUUUUAAUGUAUUAUAAUUAUUAUUUUAUAGUACAAAUUUUCAUGAAUAGCUUUAACUAUUUUUCUUAAUUUAGUAAUUUAUGUGUUCAUCUUUAUCUAGUCUAUUGUUUUUUUUUUUUGUUUUUAUGUUUUGUUUUUAUCAUCUUUACAUCACUUUUGUAAAUAUGCUUCAUAUCAUUUUAUUUGUGUAACAUAUUGUUUUUUGCAUCUUCAUUUUAUCAUUUAUUAUUAUAUAUAGUAUUUUAUCAAGUUAUUGUAAAUAUUUAUGUAUCUUUAUAUAAUUAGGUGAUGCUUCCUUCGUGUUAUGUAUAAAUCUUUUUCUUACUUUUUCCCUUUAGUUAUUUUAACUAAAACCACCCGAAUGUUUUUAAAUAUAACAGUUAUUAAAA